AUGAAUUUACCAAUUGUUGAAAAAAUAAAAAGUUUAGAAGCUUUUCCUAAAAUUAGUGAAAAUGAUUAUCCAUCAGGUAUUUACUAUUUCAAUGGUUCAACUCAUUUGGAUUUAAAUCAUUUUGGUAUAUUUCAUACAUUACAAAGAUUUGAUAAUAACAAAUUUACAAUAAAUUUUUGGAUGAAACAUUCACCAAUUUUAUUGAAUCAACAAUAUGAUGAAGGCUUUGCAUCAUCAAAUGGACGUGAGAAUAUUUUAUGCAGUUCUGAUGAAUAUGAAAAGAAUCGACAUCAUUUUGCUGUAUUUUUGCACAACUGUAAACUUGUUGUCCUAAUACGACGUGAACCAAGUAAUGCAUCAAUAUCAGAUUCCACUCAGCUACUUCCAUCACAAUGGCGUUUUGAUGUGGAUGAAGUAUGCGAUUCUAACUGGCAUCAUUAUUCAUUGACUUAUAAUCCACCGAAAUAUUCAUUACAAAAAUCUAUACCAUCUAUGGGAUUAGAUAGUGAAAUUGAACUACAAUUGUAUGUGGAUGGACAAUUAGUUCCAAAUAAUCCUGAAUUAGUCCAAAUAGCUGAAAAUAUGCCAAUGAUACACUUAUCGUCUAGAAAUCAUGAGCAUGUGCGUACUACAGUUGGAGCAUGUUGGCAUGGACGUAGUUCACAAUUCAGUCAACAUUUUUUGGGUUACCUUGCUGGUUUAACAUUUACCAAUGGUUAUAUACAAACUAGUGAAGAAUUACGCUGUCUGCCUAAUUGUGAACCACGUUUAUUUAUAAAUGAUCCAACAUUUGCUACAAAAACUGAUCGUUUCGAUACAACAAGUGUACGAAAUUCACAUUUAAAUAGUAUUAUUAUACAAGCGAAAAGUUUGAAUGAAUUAACAAGUCUUCUAAGAAAAGUAACUUAUUAUAAUCCAAGAUUACAAUAUAAACCAAGAUAUCGACCUGAACCAGUAGCUAUUCAAUUGAAUACAAUGUUCACCUACUCAACUGACUGUGAAAUGCCGUCUACACUAAAUCAAGUUAUCCUGAUUAGUCCAUUGCCACCGACAAAGCAUACAUUAUCUGUACUUGAUGCAUACAAGUUAUCAGCAACACAACAACAACAUCCACAACAGCGGUAUAACAAUGAACAAGCACACCAAAGACCUUUUAGAAACUCGUUAACAGCAAGUAAUCAGACUCAACAAAGUUCGCCUACUCCUCAUCGCCCCCACCGAAAUGAAAUGUCUUCUUUAUCUGGUAUUUCAUUGAUCUUAUCCAAUACAAGAAGAAGUGAAAUCCUCAAUCAAACAUUUACAUCAAGGAAGAUUGAUUCAGAUAAACUGUCGUCAGGAGUUACAAUUUUUCCUGAUUUAAUGUUAUCUUGGAAGGUAUCAUCUGAGAUGAUGAAAUCAUUUAAUAUAUCUUCAGUCUUUCAACAAACAAUUUCAACGUGUUCAAUAAAUUUAUGUAAUAAUAACAAUAAUAAUCAUCUAUCGAAUUUUGAUGGACGUUUACUUUUAAAUUCAGAACUUUUAUAUUUAAAACCAGAAUAUGCAAUAAAUCGUUUAAUAACAUAUCAACGUUUAAAUGGAUUAACUAUAUAUGGCAGUUCAGAUAUAUCAAGUUAUAUGAAUGCUUUAAAACAUGUCCAAUGGAUAUAUAAAGAUAAGCAUAUCAUCCCUUUAAAUAAACGUUGUUUUAAUUUAUCAUGUGAAGCAGCAAUACAAAUUCUAAAAACUGAUAUAAACUUAAUGAGAAUUAAAAGUAAUUCAAUACAAUCUGAAUUUAUUAUUGUUCAUGAGAAAAAUGGUAAAAUCGAAUCUUUGCAUUCAUCGACUGCAUCGUCAUCAUUUGUUGAACCAAGUGCACAACAGCAUUCCGUUCGACUAGCUUUGCCUAAGGCACCUCGUUUGUUAGCUAAACGUCAUACAAAUGAAUUCAGAUCGGAUUUACAUCUCAGCAGUCCUGUUUCACCUACGUGGAAUAAGAGCAUUUUCCUGAUUAUUGGUGCUUCAGUUUUGGCUGUCUUAUUGCUACUAUUUGUUGCUGUUAAUCGAAUACAACGUAUUCAUUCAAAAUCGAAUUAUCAAUUCAAAUCACAAACAAAUAAUCUUCACAUGAUACCGUGUACUGAAGAUAUAUUAAAACAAAUGUAUACAAGUCAACAAUUCAAUGAUGCAGAUGAGACAAUAAAACCGGAAAAAAUAACAAGUGCAGAAAAGUUAAGAAAUUCAAAAAUGAACACUGAUAAUUCACCCAUCGUUAUAACACAACAGAAACAGCCUAAACAGGCACAAAAUGAUCCGUUAAGAGUUAUACCAAAUCCUAUUGUCAAUGAAUCAGAUAUGAAAGAAUUUGAAUCAAAAACUGUUCUACUUGAUGAAAAGCGCUAUAAUGCUUCUUUGAACAUGGCUUCAUCAAUAUAUAAUCAUCAUAAUCAAAGUAAUAAUGAUCCUAAUGAUUAUGAAAGAAGUGAUUCACCAAUCAUUUGUCGUCCUCCAACAUUUGAAUUCUAUGAAAAUCCAUUAAGAUCUGAUCAAGAGGAUGAAGGUGAUUGUGAGUGUUCAUGCUGUGAAGAUGAUGAUGAUAAUGAUGACGCUGCAAAGUAA